CUAGAAGCCGACAGGAAGCUCAAAGUUUUACUUCCUCUUUGCCUUCUCCAAGAUGGCCGGUGCGCGGCUGAUACUGGAGGGAAGAGUGAGCAUAGUUAGCUUUAUACUUGGAGCAUCGGUGAUAUUUCUGCCGCUUCUCACUAGCAGGUUCACGGAGCCGGAACAGACUCUCCUUGCAGCCGCACCGGGACGAAUAGCGCUUGUUAUCUUCAUAGCGGUGUUAAAUGGGCUCCUGCUUGUGCUGUAUAGGGCUCAGCUCUACCAGGUAGCCAUCAGGGCCAGCUUUCUAGGUUUUGCUUUCGGGUGUGGUUUGCUGUUGGGCAUCACACAGUCACCAUGGAAACCCUUUGGUUGGUAUGUUUGCUCCCUGUCAUUUUUCCAUUACUCCGAGUAUUUGAUAACAGCAGUGAACAAUCCAAAAAGCUUGUCCCUUGAUUCAUUCCUCCUGAAUCACAGCUUAGAAUACACACUGGCUGCAGUGUCAUCUUGGGUGGAAUUUACUGUUGAGAAGACAAUUUACCCAGAUCUGAAGCAGAUAACAUGGCUGAGUGUUAUUGGCCUGAUUAUGGUUCUCUUUGGGGAGCUUCUUAGGAAAUGUGCAAUGCUCACAGCUGGCUCAAAUUUCAACCACAUUGUACAGAACGAGAAAUCUGAUUCCCACACAUUAGUCACGUCUGGGGUAUAUUCCUGGUUCAGGCAUCCGUCAUAUGUUGGUUGGUUUUACUGGAGCAUUGGAACUCAGGUUCUGCUUUGUAACCCAUUGUGUUUAUUUGGUUACACUUUUGCAUCCUGGAGGUUUUUCCGUGAGCGGAUCGAGGAGGAAGAGUUCUCACUAAUCCACUUUUUUGGAGAAAACUAUAUGGAAUAUAAGAAGAAAGUUCCCACAGGCCUGCCCUUUAUAAGGGGAGUAAAAGUGGAGCCCUAGCUGAAUGGCAGAGAACAUGAUGAGAAUACAGAACACAUAUCUAGUCCGGCUUGACUAAGCACAUGGCAUCGCUACUUUAUGCUGUGAGGUAAUAGCAGUAGAAGCCAUUGUGCAGUCUUCUGUUGUGGUGCAAGGGGCUAGGAAGGUGCAGGAAAAAAAUCAGGAUUUUGAAUGGAUUGUGCAUCUACACACCAGCCCUUAUUGGCUUUGAAAAUUUACAAUCCUAUUAUGACUUAUGAGGGUAGGAUAUGAUGUAGACACUGACUUUAGGGUUACCGUUAAUCCCUUUUCUAUGGAACUUUUUAUAUUUAUCACUCAAACAAUCUUCUUCUUUAUAUGCAUGAAUGGUCAAAAUAAUUGAAAAUGCAAGUCUGUAAAUGACAUUGGACAAUGUGGGCUUGAAUGGUACGCACUUUUGGAGCAUAGCACUCGUUUUUGUCCUUAGCCUGGCUGUACAGGACAUAGGGAGAGGCUGAAAAAAGCACUGUUCCCAGUGAUAUCUGUAGUACAAGAACACAGUGUUUAGGUCCCAGUAUGGUAAAGGUCAGCAAUGCUCUGGUUUAGGCAAACAUGGUCACUUGUCAGGGUAAUCACAAGGUCAGGUUAACUGCAAGGUAUUUCCUAUUCAUGAAAGCAUUUAGCAUUAGAAUAAUUGUAAUAUGAAUCAAGGAUCAAUAUAUAUACAUAUAAACCUAUAUUUUGUGUGUUAGAACUAUGUGUGUUCUCUGCGGCACUCAGUAUCAGUAUUGUUAUGAUACAGUUCUCUAUUUGGAAAUCUUUUUAUUAGGGAAUUAGAGGGAAAAGACUGCAGGUUUUCACAAUAUCAAUUCAUGGUCUCACACUGCUUUUCAGCAUUACAGGUCUUAUCAUGCCCUGACAGCCACUUGGGUGACUACAAAAGGUGUAGUAGGUUGAGGGAUAUUAGCUGGCAGCCCUGUAAUAAUGCAUGAUCCCAGUGUAAGGCCAUAGAGCAGUAAUGGGCAACAUUGGCAUCUAGAUGUUCCAAAACUACAAUUUCUUGUAUUCCUUGAGUUGCAGGGGCAGUGCAGGGAAUUACAGUAAAGCAGCAAGUGUAGUGCUGAAGGUUCCCUAAACUUGUAAUGGUUAAUCAGAGUAUUUAUAAUUGAUACCUCAUUUAUUAUUUUGUCUUUACUGUUAUGCUGUAGUUUUUGGCUCUCUUCUUUAAUAUGGCAGAUUGCUUAUAUACUAGCUCUGGUGUUAGCAGGCAUAUCAGUGGGUGGGUGUUUACAUCAUGCUUGCUUAGAGAAUUUCGCUUUUUACAGAGAACUGUAUGUAUGUGUUAAUAGAAAGAUAUUAUGGGGUGCUGUGAUUAAAAGGGGAAAAAUAUGGUAUUUAUUAGUUAUUUUUGUAUACAUGGUCAGUAGAAUAUAAAGGCAUAUUUUGUUCAGAGAGCCUUAUUUAUCAGCAUAAUUUCUAAAUUGCUUGGCCUGCCAAGGUCAAUGUGAUAUUAUCCAUAGACUCCAAAACAGAGCACCCUCAGGGACCAAGAGUAGGAUCAUGUGUAGCGGUGGAAUUGAGGCUUGGCUAACCUAGCAAUAACUUUUCAUUUGAGGAUCUUCCAGCAAUGGAUGUACCUGUGUUAGCAAGAAUAGCCAGAAAAUAUCCACAUAAAUCAGCAAUGAGGAACUUGAGCAACAGGAAACAUUAUUCCAGUUAAAGAAUAAGUAAAUCUUUAAAAUAAGUGAAUGUAAAAUUGAUGAGAGUGCUAUUCUAAGCACUUUUGCAAUUUACAUUCAUUAUUUUUACGAUAUUAAAGGAUAGACAUACUGAUAAUAGGAAUAAUGUGGUUACAACAGCACCACCUGCUGAGUUUGGUAGAAGAAAGCUAAUCAGAUAUUCUUCUGGUUAGGAAAGAGGUCAGAAAAGUAAUCUAAGGUUUUUAAUAUUUUCUAUUGUUUUUCCUGACUCCUAGAACAUCAGAUCAGCGCCCCCCCCCCCCCCUUUUUUUUAUUCUGACAACUUCUUCUACCACAUCAAGGUCAGAAACUGACCAGCAGGUGGCGCUGUUGUAACCCAAUUCAUUCAUAUUAACUACAAAUAUCCCUUAAAAUCUUCAAAUCUUGGUUUACUUAACCUUUAAAGUUAGCGGUGACUCAAAUAUGUCUGUUUAUCAGAUGUUUCUGAUGUAUCUGAGACAAAACUAAAAAUAUUUUCUUUUACUAAAUGUUCCCUUACCAUAAGUAUUAAGCCUCUAUUUACUGGAACUUUUAAAUUUGUGGAUUAAAAGGCAGGGUAUCAGGGUACAGAGACCAAAGACUUAAUAUAUUGGGUUUCUCUCUGGGGAAAUUCUAGAUGUGACUCAGUGUACCUAGGUUCUUUGUAUGCAUCCUUAAAUGUUCUUAAAAAUAUACACAAUUGUUUCCUUAGAAAACUGUAUGCUUGGUUGGAUGGGUCUGUGGGGGUGCAUCUGAGAAGCGGCUAUGCAUUCAGCCUUUAUUGUACAUAGUAUGUAUAAACACUUGCGAAGAAUCACCUACGCUCAGCGCACCCACAACUAAUGUGUCUGCCUGGGGGCUGGCACACAUAGUGGAUUUAGGUACAGAAUUGCACAAGUAUGCGUUUUGGUGCCAAAAUCCAUUCAGUGUGGCUGCACUUGGGCCAAUGCAGAGGCUUUAGGUUCAGGCACAUGUAAGGGCCCCAUAUGGCCAUUGCUCCCUGGUAACUAUACAGUCAUACAGUACCAAGGCAAAAUCCCCUUUUUAAUAGACAUCGAGUGGAUCCGUUUCUGUAUUCCUUCAACCAAUCGAGGCAGAAUCACCCUUUUGAAGCAAUAAUAGCCACAGGUCAUUUAGGUUAAGUGCCUUACAAGUUUGCACAGUGAGAGCUUGUUCAGAUCCAGUGGCGCAGAUCUGCACAGAAAGAUUCUCGUUCUUUGACUUCUAGUGAUGGAGGCAAGGUCAUGUUGGUGUGAUUCAGUUUGGGCUUUCUUACCAAGCCCAGUACCACAGUGUGACCUUGCACUGAACGUACACUGAAGUCAAUAAACGCAACAUCUACUAUACCAACCAAGUGUGAUCAGAAAACUAAUUGGAAUGAGCCCUCAGAUGGUGCAGUUUGUACCCAUUCCUGGCAGAAGCCCAAGUUAUAUGGUUUUGGUACAGCCUUUGUCCCCAGAUUUUCUGAAUUUACCAUACUAGCUCAGUUCAGCAGCCUUUAUCCAGUUAAUAAAGAAUGUACUGAUUUCUGCCAUGUAAUUAAAAUCUAAUUACUAAUCCACUUCAUACAUUUUUUAUUUUAUAAAUAGUUGGCCCCUAAGCUCCAGGUAACUGAUAUCCACUCAGAGCAUGAGCUCUGCAUAAAAGAUGGGGAGUUAGUGAGGGGCAACUUUGGAGUUGCAUAUUUUUACUUCUAAAGGGCUGUGGGGCUUUGGCCUAGUAUAGAAGCCCAAAACUUAUUAGGGUCAUUUACUUUACAGAACACAGUAGGGAAAGUGUAAAAAAAAUAAGCUGGAAUUGGGCUUUUUUGCACUUUGCAUGCUGCAUUCUGCUCUCCUUGCAUUGCAACAGGGCUUUACACUGAGUUUUAGAGCACACUGCGGGAGAGGGGACACUUAGGUGCUACCCCCCCCAGACCCCUAACUUGCAUGUCAUUCAGAUGUGUAGGUUAUGAAGCACCAGAGGAAGCAAUGGGGCCCUGUAGGUAGGACAAGGCUGGCCUGUGCCCCCUGACACUGCUCUCUGCAAUGAGUACUCCAUUUUGAAACCUCUCGCUCCUUUAAUCACUGUAGCACUUCCCCUGUGUAGUCUUUCUAACCUGAUUCUUUCUUUGCUAAGUCACAAUCCCUACUAGCUCUACUGAUUAAAAUUAACACAAAACAUAAUGCGGCCCCUGCCAUGGUUUGCAGUAAUGAUGGCAUUGAAACAUACGUUUGGCGUUCAGCCCCAUGUCUAUCAGCAGUUUGACUGGAAAGUUUCAUUUAAGUUUCAUACGGCGGCAAAGCUGUCUCUUGUUCAUGAACCAUCAUUGACUUUUUGUGCUCUGAAGCUACUUUUCCAAAAAUACACUGUUUCUUUAGUAGCAACUUCUGUUAUUGUACUUAUAAUGCAUAGCCCAGUGGCUCUGACAUGGUUCCUGGAUUUAAGAAACUCAUGCCAGUAAGGUGUGUGCUUUAUACUAGCAUGUGUCUUUUGCAUUGAAGGAACCGCCAGUCACUUUUGGAUUGCAGUAGAAUAGGGUGAAUGAGUAUUUGUUUAGUGGGUCGUCUGGACUUGGAUAGGAAUUGAGCUUAAGUGGCUACUUCCUUCUAUAAACUGCCUUGGUAUUUGGGGGAAAGAGUGGAGUGUGACACUGGUGUAUGUGUUUCUUUCUGGGAUCUGCAUUUUCCAUCAAUAUACAUGACCCCACUUGGAACAUGGCAGAUUUGCUCUUUUGCACUCUAAUUAAACAAUUAAGUCCAUUUUUGUAACAUGGAAAGUUAUUGACCACAGUUCAUGUUGUUGCAGACAAUCAAAUCCUUAAAUAAAAUUUUUGGUUUAAACUUAUUUCACAUUGAAAAACACAUAAUGGAUUAUUUAUGAAAGAUCCUAGCAAAGCACUAAAUAUAGGCCGGGACCAUGCGUUUUACAAUUUAGUAUUUUUUUCACGCCCAAAGUAUCAUGUGUAUGAUUUACUAGUGUGAACAAGUUGCAGCACCAGUAAUUAUUAGUUAAUUUGCGUGUGAUUGUAUCGCAGCAUGGCAUCACCAAGCUACAAGUCAGUUGCUUGUGUAGGUACAACACUAUAGGAAGCGCUUGAAGUAGAGCGACCAUAAGAAAGGUGCUAAUUCCCAGGCUCUCUUGCGUCCGGAUGAUAUUUUUAUUUGUUAUUGGUAAAAUUUGCCCUUUGGUUCUGUGUUUGCACUUUCCUUUUGGGCAUCCUUUACCAGUCAUGGCUGUUUUACAGUAAAGGAUACAAGGGGAAAAUAGAGAUGGAAUGAAUAUCUAUGUAUUACUCAAACAGCCAUGCUUAAAGCCCCUGAUUGGUUUAUAGGAAAUCAUUUCCCCUUCUUAUGGAACCCAAGGUGGCUUCUAAUAUCCUUACAUUUUAUAGUUAUACAUGAUUCAUGUUUCAUAAUACACAAGAUUCAGUGAGGUAUGUGACCCAAGUGACAUGAAAAGCCACUGAUAAGUGAUAACAUGACUAUUCAACAUACAUAUAUAUUUUACACGAUUGCCGCUUAUAUGUAAGUAAUGUUACAGACCUGCCAUACCGCAUAAAGGGCAUUGAAGUAAAUCCACUUUAAAUUGUUUUUUGUGUCCAAACCUUGAUGACUCAUUUGCAGCCCCUUGCUUAUUUAUGUUUGGGUUUGUAUAGCUCAGAACAUAUAAUUGAUGGCCUUCUCUUGAGCAAUGCCGACAAUUUCCCAGUCUGUACUAUGGCCACCAUAAGACCACCUCAACCACAGGAUGAGUCACAUAGAAAAAAGAACUGGAGAGAAACUGAAGGACUUGAAAUAUAAAGAGACAGAAGAGCAGAAGUUGUAUUGCAUAGGGCUUCUAUAUGACAUGGUUGUGUUGAGACGUGUGUAAAAGGACAAAAAAUAUCACAACACAACUACUCCACAUUCUAUCUGAAAGUAGAACAUGUGAUACUUUUUCUUUCCAUAGAAUAUCCAAAAUGUAUUUGUUUAAUGUGAAUAUAUUUGUUUUGUCCCUCAAAGCAAAGUGUUUAUAAUAAGAUAUAACUUAUAUGUAAUAAAACAUGCUAAGUUUGCCCAGAAGCAAUAACCCAUAGCAACCAAUAAGAGGUUUGCUUUUAAACAGCUGCCUAGUAAAUUCUACCUGAUAAUUGGCUGCUAUUGGUUACUGCUCCUGGGCAAACUUAGUGCCUUUUAUUAUAUAACCCCAUGACAUGACAACAGCCAUGAGCAGGCACUUAGAGUAUCCCAUGCAUCUCAAUGCAGUUACAACCUUUAUCAUUUUGUACAUUCAGCAUAUGAAUACGAUUUAAGGUUAAUCAAGUAUUGGCUUGUCUGUCAUUGGCAAAAAUACUGAAUUAUGUGUAAAAUAAAUCAUUUUAAUUUAUUUUUUUAACCAA